CUUGUGUUUUUCAAGUAUUAUUUAUUCCACAUUAUACAACAGUCAGUUUGGUCCCAAAUUUGGUUGAUUUGGAAUAACAGCACUGGGGAAUUUCGCUGUAUUAAUCUGCUUUUCUGUGUUUAUGGCAUUCUAGAUGACCUAGACUAGACUAUUUGUGACUAGUGGAGAGAGUAGCGAACAGAGAUUGUCUGGAGAGAAGGAAGUCAUAGCACAAGUGUUGUCUUUUGGGGCAGAAUUUAUUCUUCUAGUGUAAUAUUUUUGUCUAAAACAUAGGUUACUCUUUGUUUAAAGAACGUAUACUGUUAAAUAACAGAGCUGACAGUCAUGGAAAACCUGGAAAUCAGGGAAUUUGGGGAUAGUGAAUGAAUACAGUCUUACAAAUAAUGAAUAAUUCAGACAUUUCUAUAGUAAAUAUAGAAUAUAUAGAAUAAAUAUAUUUUUGUAGGCUAAUACUCUCUCUGAUCUUGUGAGCAAAUUGUCCUUUUGGGUUUGUUCUCUAAACUGAUUCGCAGAUUAUGUCUUAUGAUUCAUAUUUACCUAGCCUAUUUUUAAAUCGUUAUCUAUUAAAACGUCAUGAUAAUUCGAACCCUUAUGAAAGCCAUAUCAGACUCGUCCUGACUAAAUAUGCUCGUCAGAUUUUGCUUAACCAUUGUCUUACACUCAACACUCGGUUAUCAUUGUACGUGCGCGCAGGUUUGGACAUAGGCUUUACCACAUAACAUUAACCAAUUUUAUAACAGCGGUGCACCUGUCAUGUGAAGUGAUGCUCUUUAUUUGUAAUUUUGUCAUGCAGUGGCAAAUCCCGCCAAGACAUUCAGCUUUCGCCGCGUGCAUGACCUUGCUAAUACCUAAUUCACAUCUCAGGUUUAAUCUUAUCAACUGUAAACAUAAAGCGGUUUUCACACGAGGGCGGUGUUCAUCCCAGCGAUGACAUCACGAGGCAGGUCUUGCUCAAGCCCACCAAUGAGACAAGGCAGAUCGGUUCUUUUGGGGCACAUCGCAAUGAAUGGGUGUCGGUGCUUUACAAGGCAAAGGAGCAACCACAACAAGACGCGGAUAUUGAGGGGAUGCGGCAUCGGCACGCGGGAGCUGUCCACCAGCAGCACACCAACGACGCGGACGCUCGUGACAGUCAGAAGGAAGGAUCUCGUCCAGUCGCCCCGCUCUUUAGUCUGCCGCCCCCACCGCCAUCGAUAAAGGAGCGAUCCACCUCCUCACAUCACAGCCGACAUGUACAGUCUUGUCCGGACCGCGGCACCAGGAACGGCGAGUGCCUGCCUUUGACCGGCAGCUGCAGCCUCGCACAGGGAGCGCACAGUGACCGUCAGUCUUACGACAACCAGCCGCAUCCGUUUCCAGGGGCCUCAUCUGGCUAUCAGUGUCAUUCUGAGGGGCUCUCGCAGAGCAGCCAUUCUCCUCAGCACACAUCUUCCGUUUCCCCGCAGCCCUCCCCAUCUGAUCUGCUGCCGCCGCCUCUGCCUUCGCACAUUUCUUAUACGCGGGAUACGCGCCAAAAGAGUGCUAAUUACAAACAAGAAAUUGUACAGCGUGGCGUCGGGGAGGGGGGGCGUCGAGACCAAAACCAGUUGCUGCAGCAACCUUGUUAUAAUCAACAAAGGGACCCCUCCUUUGAGCUACUCUUGCCAAACUCUGGUCAAGGACAGAUAAAUGCACGCGAGGAAGCCGAGAAGGAGAGGCAAUUAAUUGCGCCUCAGGCUCAGUUACUGUUGGGCAGCAGCUUACCCGUCAACUACUGCAUCAGCAGAUCGGGGCAAGUGUGCACAGACCAGCAGGCGCUGCUGUUGCAGCAUCAGCAUCAGCAGGCUCGCGCGCAGGAACACAGCCUUCAGCGGCAGCAGAGUGACCAGGACGGCAGGUACCAGGAGGGGGAAAUCGCACUCUGUCAGCCGUAUCAAUGCGAGCGCGCGCUAGAGAGAAACUCUUCGGUGUCUAGUAGUGAAAACAGCAGCCCCCCGUACGGCUCCAGCAGUCAACUGUGGCCAGAGCCUCACGACAAGGAGGAAAGGAAAAAUCGAGCAGGCAAAUACAAGGCACAUGCUGAGCGAACAAAGCUGAGCCAUGCUGGAUCCAAGCCCUCCCUCUCUGAGAGCAGUCACUCACUCCCUCAGAUAGCCAUGAACAGCUGCAAGUACAAUGGAGGAGUGGUAAGACCACUGGGCAGCCUGGCGGCGUCACGACGCAACCUAGCAGAGCAUGACUCUGAGACCCAGCCUCUCCAGACUCUUCACAGCUCCGGCCUGGAAGUGGUCGUCUCUAAGGGAGGUGGCGAGGACCCCAGCAAGGCGUCCAAUGAGAGCCUGGUCCGAGAGAGUGGCAACGCACCACAGAAAAAAAAUAAAGAUAUUGGCUACAAGUUGGGCCACAGGAGGGCACUUUUUGAGAAGCGCAAGCGGCUUAGUGACUAUGCCCUGAUAUUCGGUAUGUUUGGGAUCGUUGUCAUGGUAACAGAGACUGAACUGUCCUGGGGGGUUUACACUAAGGAAUCUUCAUAUUCAUUUGCACUGAAAUGCCUUAUCAGCCUUUCCACUGUUAUUUUGCUUGGUCUUAUAAUAAUGUACCACGCUCGGGAAAUACAGCUGUUCAUGGUGGACAAUGGGGCGGAUGACUGGAGGAUAGCCAUGACAUAUGAACGCAUCUUCUUUAUUGUCCUGGAGCUGCUGGUGUGUGCCAUUCACCCGAUACCAGGCCAGUAUGUGUUCACGUGGACGGCCCGGCUGGCUUUCACCUACGUGCCCUCCGUGGCCGACGCUGACGUAGACAUCAUUCUUUCCAUCCCGAUGUUCCUCCGCCUCUACCUGAUUGGCCGGGUCAUGCUCCUUCAUAGCAAGCUCUUCACCGACGCAUCCUCGCGCAGUAUAGGUGCCCUCAACAAGAUCAACUUCAACACACGCUUCGUCAUGAAGACCCUCAUGACCAUCUGCCCGGGCACCGUGCUGCUGGUCUUCAGCAUCUCCUCCUGGAUCAUCGCAGCCUGGACCGUUAGAGUCUGUGAGAGGUAUCAUGACAAACAGGAAGUCACUAGUAACUUUCUUGGAGCUAUGUGGCUAAUUUCCAUAACUUUCCUAUCGAUUGGCUAUGGAGAUAUGGUCCCUCAUACAUACUGUGGGAAAGGGGUCUGUCUUCUCACAGGAAUCAUGGGAGCUGGUUGCACUGCACUUGUAGUCGCGGUGGUAGCCAGAAAGUUAGAAUUGACAAAAGCUGAGAAACACGUCCACAAUUUCAUGAUGGACACCCAACUUUGUAAACGAGUAAAGAACACAGCUGCCAAUGUACUCAGGGAAACAUGGCUCAUCUACAAACACACAAAAUUAGUGAAGAAGAUAGAUCAUGCCAAAGUGCGCAAACAUCAGCGCAAGUUCUUGCAGGCCAUUCACCAAGCUCAGAAGCUCCGCAGUGUGAAAAUGGAGCAGAGGAAACUCAAUGACCAGGCCAACACUCUGGUGGACUUGGCGAAGACACAGAAUGUGAUGUACGACCUGGUGUCAGAGCUGCAGGAACGCAGCGAGGAGCUGGACAAGCGUAUUGGCACGCUGGAGGACAAACUGGACGCAGUCACCGGCAGCCUGCAGGCUCUGCCCUGUCUGAUCUCCCAAGCCAUAACUCAGCAGCAACAGGACCUCCUGGAUGGCUUCGUGCACCGCUUCCGCCCCGCUUCGCUGGGCUCUGAACGCUCCUGGACCCCCUCCAGACGGCGGCGCUCCCCUUCCACUGCCCCGCACACUUCCUCCGACAGCGGCUAACGCCGACCUGGACCUCCUUGCCGCUUCCAAAGGUCUCAGACUUAAUCACGUAAGAUGAUCAAGCCGAGAUUGAGGACUCGUAUUAAUAAGUAGAGAAGAAUUAUCAAAAAUAGUAGAUAUAUGGUUUAUGUUUAGCCAUUGUAUGGCUGUUCAAGUUAGCUUUUUUGUAAAGCCCUCAUAUAUUUACAAGACUGAGUUCAGGAAGCUGGAGUGAGUCCAGGAAACUGGUCCUUCAAACUGCGACAUCAUGGGGUCCACAGGAAGGUGAACCAACGUAGACCACAAAGGAGUGCCGCACCCACAUAGAAGAGAUUCACUGGUCCUAUAAGACAUCUGUGCCAGGAUGAGCACCGAGAGCGCUUCUGGGUGCUUUGCGAUCACUUCAGCGUUCAGCUGGAGACAGAGGAGCACAUGACCUUACUACUGAGUAGAAUAAUGCAGGAAUGCCAACCUUAAGGAUUCAGUUCCCUUGCUCCUUUAAGGGAAAUUGGGUGCAACUAACCUUUUUUUAGUUACAUAUUGGCAUGUUAUUUUUUUCAGUGCCUGAAUGUAUAGAUUGUGGAGGGUUGUCCAUUUACAAAUUUUGGAGCGAGUUUUUGUACAAUGUUAACACAAGCAUUGCAUUCCUUUUUCAGAUACAUUCCUCUUGAAGACAUUUUACUCGUCUGUCUUAACAAAUACCAUUAACUCUGUCGCAGUCUUCUCUUAUUUUCCAAAGCCUUUCAAUACUUCCAUCAAUUAGGAAAUGAAGGAAAGACAGAAAGGAAGGAAGGAGGAAAAGAGAAAUUGAAGGAAGGAAGGAUAAAAGGGAAAGAAUUAAAGGAAGGAAUAAAAGGAGUUGUUUCUACUCAAGCUGGUAACACUUUCAUUUUAACGAAAUCUGAGCUUCCAGAAGUCUUCACAUAACCGAGAGGCUGCGUUUUUGAAUUUGAAAUGACAGCACUGAGUGCUAAAUGCUGUGGUAGGCACAAAUGUAUGACAGGACUGAGAUUUAAACCUUGCAUGUUUCAGUGCAAAUGUGACGAAUGGAUUAUGGAUGGUUUUUCAAGUGUGUGUGUGUGUGUGUGUGUUCUUUUUUGUUUUAUUUCAUUUAUUUUUUACACAGAGAUUCCUUUUUAAAACGUUGGAUAGUAUUUUUAGAGUUGCAAAUAUAGCGGUGCAGUAAUGUGGUAAUGUUUGUUUAAUGCAUUCCUUGUUCUACCUAAAUGAAUUUCUCGACCAAGCGAUUGAUGAAUGAGUAAAAAAUAGGAUUACCACUAAACGAAUCUUUCUAUAAUCAUGAGGAGAUCUUCUCUGAGAGAAUACAUCUGAUGAAGCAAAAAGAGAUGCUUAUGGAAGACAUUAUCGUGGCUCACAUUUGCACUUUUCAAAAUAUACCGUUAAGGCAGCUUAGAUUAAAAAUCUGUCUCUCCUGUUCACAAGUAUUUUACUGACAUCUAUGGUUUUAAAUAAUCACAUAACCUUAAAGCAACUGACAGUGUUAUGUGUUUGAUGAUGUAAUUGUCACAGAUUAGAACCAAUGGUAAAUGACUGCGAACCAUUUCAGUGCAACUUGCUUUAGAAAAGAUUUAUUUUUUAGUUAGUUUAACUUAGUUUUUCAACAUCAGAGACAUUAUUUUAGCUAUUUAAUUCUGAGAAUGUUUUUUGGAGAAACCUAGAUAAGAUCAGGCAAAAAUGGGGUUUGUGCUUGAUUUAAUAUUUAUAAAUUAUUAGAUUUUUAUUAUUCUGCAAGACAUUAUAUUCUUAACCAAAGUCUAAACCCUUUUAUACAGCCUGUGAUCACAUGGAAAUUAAUUGACACGCUCACUCAAAGACACGUUUCAUGUGAGAUUGAAGCCAAAUUCCCGCCAAAAUACUUUUAAUAAUGCAUGUUUGCUUUUUCUGAUUUGCUUGUAAAACAUUUGUUAAAGUAUUAUUAAAUGAGAAAAAGAUUUACAUGAUUUACCAUUCGGAGAUUUCAUCACAAUUCCUAUCCAGCUUAUUUCAGUCGUGUCAAUACUGUGUUUAGGUCUUAUGUAUUUCCAGUCCUCUGUUCUUGUGUACAAACGAUGCCUAAAAUUAGCAACUUUGCCAAACAAUAAUGACUACAUUUAAACUGAAAACUUGGAUGAAGGGAAAAAAUGGAUGGAGAAUUCUCACAGCUUUUAUUGUUGAUAUAUACUUGACACUUCUAGCACAUUUUGAUAUAACAAAGAUAAAAGAUGAACUGAGAAAGCCAGUCAUAAGUAACAUUGAUGUAGACAAAAAUAGAGGAACAGACUGCUUUAAUAUUUAAGCUGCUGUUGAUGACCAAAAUCAAGUGCAAUUUAGAUCCUGAUUAAAAUCAAAAAUAAUUUGAUGACUGCAUGGUUUUUAACAACAUGACCAUGACCCUUGUUCAUGCCUUUCUCUCUCUUUCACUGUCAGCACAGUCUAAAUGUUGUAAUGUGCCAAUUAUGAAGUAAGACUCAGAUGCCUUCUGAUGUCAAACUCCAUACACGAGUAGAUGGGACACCAAAUCAUUAGAACAUAUUUUAUUGGACUACAUGAUUUUAUUUUAUUUCUUAUUUUUUUUCUUCCUAAUUGCCUUUCUUUGUGAAAUACCUGUGAAUGAUUAAAUACAGAGAGAAGACUUGCAUUUUGUAUCCUCCCAGGUUGACUGUACAUAAAGGCAUGGGUUAUCAUGGUCUCGUAUGUUGAGAUCCUCUUAUUUUGUUUACAUAGAGAUAGCCCAAGAAGCUACAGUGUGGACAAAAUCUGCCCAUGUUUCAGAUAAUAAACAUCAAAUUCUUGAGAAUA